AUCGAUAUUAGUAUCGAAGCUGACAGCUGGAGAAUAUUUUUCCCAGAAAUUAAAGUAAAGUAGAAAUUAUCAAUUAAAAUGAACCGAGUAAAGACCACGCAGUCCAAGACGGGCGAAAUCAUCGCCUACAGCGAGGGUGCCAUCAGGAACAACAUAUCCGCCGUGGAGUACUGUCGCACUUCGAUGGCCGCCAUUUCGGGCUGCGCUGCGGGUAUUUUGGGCCUGAGCGGAACCCUGGGCUUUCUGUUCUACUUCCUGUCCGUCUUCGUGCUCUGGAUCCUGGUACUGCUUAAGUCGGGCACCCAGUGGCGCAAGUUCUUCAUCAACCGCAGAAAUCUGCUGACCAACCAGUUCAUGGGCGGCCUUUGCACCUACGUGCUCUUCUGGACAUUCCUCUACGGCAUGGUUCAUGUGUAUUAGCGCAUUUACAACAAGUCAAAACAAACAAACAAACACAUAUAUAGCGAAAUAAACAUAGGAUCUUUGGUUUAACACAA